AUGGCCAGCAGCCGCCGCUGGACGAGGAGGACUAGAGUGAGAGCAGGCAGGAGAAGACCGGGCAGCACUAGCACGAGGACCGCGAGGGAGGACGAGGCGGACGAGAAGAAGGACGAGGCAGAGGAGGAGAAGCACGGCUGCCGUUCUGCAGCAAAGCCUGGGGCGAUGAUAGGCGGUGCGUUGCGCUUGAUAAUGCGGACGCUGGUCGCCACCGCGGUGGCCGCUGUCGGCCUGCUGGCGACGAGCGCGCUGAUGGUGGUCCUCAACACGGUGCUCUACGGGCAGGCGGUGCACGUGGGGCUCUCGGUGGCGCUGACCUCGCUGAAGCCCCUUGUCGGCGGCGCGCCGCUCCUGCUGCUGGUGCCCCCGUGCGGGGCCGCGCUGGGCGGAGCGAAGCUCGGCGGCGACAACGUCUGGGAGCGCACCGUGGCCGCGGCGCUCAUCGGCGGCGCGCUCGUGGCGAUGAUGGCCGGGCCCAUGCCCGGGCCCUAC